AUGUAUGCACUCAACACGGCACCGCGAGGCAGCAUUCGCCCUGGCACUCCCCCAUCGAGCAGUGGCAGCUCUCCCGCAAUCCCACAGGGCGCCUUUCCGGAUACGCAGACCACACAGUCCUUCACCGAGAACCUCCUGGCACAGGUGUCGCAGCUGUCCCACCAGACGGCGACACUGCCACCCAGCUUCAUCAUUGCCUUUCUCAAUCGAUGCUUCCCGGCAGAACUCACUCACGUCGACUUUCCCCAGGCUUUGACCGGCCUGGACUACCUCAAAGACCUCGAGACGCGGAGGCGGCGCGAAGURGCCUCUGCCAUGAACCGUCUCGAAGUUGACCGGGAAUCCCUCGACCAAGACGCCGCCGGUCUCUCCGGCCGAUAUCCGGGCGUUCUCCAAUGGGUCAAGUCGAUCGAAGAGAAAGAGCGCAAGAUCGAUUCCCUGUACACUCAGGUGUUCCUCGGCCUCCGACGCUGGAUUAUCGUCAACGAGCUUUCCCUUCAGCCAUUCCACAAGCACAAUUGCUUGGGGAUGUUGAACACAUUGUACCCUCCGAUUGGCCUGUCAGAUCAGCCCACGAGUUUGCUGUCCCAUUCCGUCCUCAAGAACCAGCGCGAAGGGUACUUCAAAUACAUCACCAGUGUCGAAAAGAAUGGUCCGCGGGUCUUAUCCACAUUGAUGCAGCAGGGCAAAGCACCUGGAGACGAAAACGGCUGGGUAUCCGUCACGCGAACCCUCAGCAUGUAUCUCCAGCUGGCCAACAGCAUCAUCACCGAGUGCGGCCAAAUCUCCAACGUAUACGAUGUAUCGCCGCGGAAGAGCCGUGACUCAAACCAGACMGUCUCGUCUCGUCACACACGCAACGCAGAUUCAGGCAUCAGCUUUGGCAGCACUUCCUCAGAUCGGCGGCCAUCGACCCGCGGAUCCGCGGUCGAGCCCGUGUCACCGAUGGAAUGGAAUCGCCCGAAGACUCCCAACGGGUCACGUCCUGGCACUACGCUGGAGAAGAUUGCACGCGGCUUCAGGACCAUGGGACGCAGCAGGACUGAUGUAACGGAGAUUAUCAUGGAACACAGCACAACGCCCGAACCACAGCCGACCGAGAAGCCAAAGAUGCUGCGGAAAAUGCGCAGCCUUGGCUCUUUGGGCGAUCGCAAAGGCAGCAUGGCCAGCCUGCGCCAGAGCUCCGAUGCCCCAGCUUUUGACGUCGAGGCAAUGCGCCUGCAACGUAAAAAGURCGAGGCUUCGGCUCUAGGCCACGAAAAAGUGGACAAGCGGACGAGCCAUGAAGUAUGA